AUGGUUGAUAUUAAUGUUGAAGGUAAGAAUGCGUUGAUUACUGGUGGUACUAGAGGCCUAGGAUUACAUAUUGCUGAGAGCUUUGUUCUCAAUGGCGCUUCGACAGUUAUAAUUACGUCCAGGAAAAAAGAUGCUUGUGAAAGUGCUCAACGUGAGCUUGAAAAGAUUGCUGUAGAUAAUCAAAAACAGGUCAAGAUCAUUGCAAUUCCGUGUGAUAUUUCUGUAGAAGAGAAUGUAAAGGAGUUUUUCAGGCAAGCAUCAAAACAAAUUGAUAGAUUGGACAUAUUGAUUGCAAAUGCAGGGGCCACCUAUGGAGCACCAUUAAAGGACCAUCCAUUGUCAGCCAUGAAAAAGGUGAUACACUUGAAUAUCACAGGUGUUUUCCAUACAAUUCAAUUGUUCACACCGUUAUUAGAAUCGUCUGGUGCGAAAUCUGACCCAUCAAGAAUUAUUAUUGUGUCGUCGGUUGCGUCAUUUGUGGCUACAGACUUUGGCGGAACGUAUGGAUACUUAGCUUCUAAAGCAGGUGUCGCUCAUUUGGGUAAGAAUUUGGCGUUACAAUUAGCACCCCGUAAUGUGAAUGUCAACACCAUCGCGCCAGGGUUCUUUCCAACUAAAAUGACCAAAGGUUUAAUGGCAGCAAAUACUAGUGAAAUGGUGGAAGGUAACCCUCUCAAAAGACUUGGGACUAAAUCCGAUAUUCAAAAUUCGGUAUUAUGGUUGUGUUCUAAACAGUCAAAUUAUAUAAAUGGGAUCGUUUUACCUAUAGAUGGAGGUUUACAUUUAGUAGGUACAUCUAAUUUAGCUCAUUUGUAG